AUGGGUUGGAAAGAGAACGGAAAGUUUGGAGUGACAUCUGGGCGAACAGUUCGUUCGCCUUUCGCAAGUUCACCAAACUGCUUCCGUGGCGAAGAGAUGGUCCUGAAAUUUACCAGGGGAACAGGAAACUUAUCCGGCGAUGCAUUGCAAGAUUUCCUGAAGGAGAACGAUAUAGACGAUGGUCUUGGAGAUUUCAAUGAGUUUACAACCAGGUUAAUGAGAGUUCAAGGUGUCGACCGCUCCUGCGAUGUUCCUUACUCCCUCAAAAAACGAAAACGAUGGCAACUAGAAGAGAAUGUAAAACGAAUUGAAGAUACCAAGCAAACUGCUCCUAAUGUGACUUUUAUUCACCGACGAGUGGACAGAAACCUCACAGCAGAUUGCUUUCAAGUAGUAAGAGCUAAGGCAGGCGAAGUUUUGCAGCCCAUAAGACGAAAAUAUGCAAAGGCACAAGAUUUGCUUAAGAGAUCUGACAAGGCUGAACUGGAACCAGAGGUUUGCUACGAGAUGACGUAUCGUUAUCCAAGGAAUGAGUAUCCACAGUGUAAAGAAGUCCAACACAGGUGGAGAUAUUACUCAGGUGGGUUUGAUGCUGUCCCUGGCAAGGCAUUGUGCAAGAGCAAGAGUGUGAAGAACAAAGGGCGUCGUUGGGGUCUGUACUCUGAUGCUGACCUUAGAAGUGGACACAUAACAGAAAAGAAACCAGUACUGCAGCAGUACUCACAGAAAAACACUCCAGGUGGAAAAGUCCAAGUCAUUGAUUCUUCUGAGUUUCGUAAAUGUGAUGAUUUUGAAGAGAGUUCUCCCUUUUGUGGAACAUUGGAUCUUGGAUUGUACAUGUUGGAAAGCUCGAAAACUCUGAGGAAACAAACCAAGAAGAACAAGCACAAUCCCGAUCUGACACUUAGAACUAUAAAGGAUGGCUCACUGAGACAUAACUUAAAGUAUGGAAAGAACAGUGUAGUGUACAUCGAACAAGAGCCAGAGGAAAAGUCUUCUGCAGACUUGAGCUCCUCUGCCACUGAAAAGAAAACCGAGGCACCAACAUGCCCAAUGUUUCAACCAGAGAACAAGACACUUGCUACAGUUCCUGUGUAUGUCAGUGACCUGAAACCCAACAGUCUUGAAGAAAAGUGGGGUUCUUUGUACUCUGAAGCAAACAGCUUUCCAAGGAAGUUCACUAUUGAUUUAAUGCCUGCACUUUAUGAAAGAAACAAUGAGAAUAUUGAGUUUUGCUUUGUCUUGUUUGAAGUGAUUAGGGAAGCCAGCAGUGCAAUGGUCUCUGUGGAAACCAAUGUUAGUCUGAACAUUGUAGAAGCUGAAGACUCAGACACUUUAAUCUGCGGGGCCAAUGGAAAGUUCUGCUCUGGAUUACAAACACAUGGUAUUCAAGAGGCCUGGAGAGUACAAUAUGUGGUUGACUGA